AUGUCUUGGAUAAGUCGAAAGUCCGAGCCCGACAAGAAUGAUAGGGACUUGUUGAGAUUCUCUAGAGGUGAAAAUGAGGCAUUUAGGAUAUACAAGCAUGAAGAGAGACGCAAUGAUGGUGUUCGGGUGGCUGGAGAUCCCUAUACACAGUCAACCCUUCUAAAAGACGAAAAUGAAUGGGACUCUUGGCUUCAGAAGUUGGAACAGCUACCAGCUAAGCCUUCAUGCCCAGGAGAUGGGAACGAUGGCUCGAACAGCCAGAGUAAGGAAAUACUCAGCAACAUAAAUCUGGUCAUGGGUGGGAGGAUGUCAUGUCUCUCCAGGAUGCCUUUCUCGGAGCACGUUUUCACAGAAUUGGUGAGCAGAUUGAAUAUGCACAGGUCGGUUAUACGUGCAAUCAACAGAAACACAAGCUGUACCUUUUCCCGAAUCAUAUACGACGAGUCGAUAGUAUAUAAUUGUAGAACAGCCGAGAGCUGGUCAGACGAUAUGGCUUUAACCGUUACAUUCUUUCCGAGCACCCUGACUACGAAUGCCAUCUGGUUCGGCUGUAACUUGGAGCAACGGUUCAUCCAUGGCCACAAACUGUCAGAUUCUGGUAUCAUUACAGCUAAGCUGCGCGAAUUUGAUGGGCAAGUCUUUCACCCUAUGAUGCUGCCCACUAUUUUCGCAGAAUUUGAAAGGGACAGACAUAUCGGUCUUGUACGCAAGAGCAAUACGCAGUUUGUGCAAAGGAUGAUCGAUAUCGAGUCGAGGAAUGAAAGGUUCUAUGGUAUACAACAGCUUCGGGGAGACGUCCGGCAUUCGAUGGAGAAAAUUUCCCCAUCAUCAUCAAGAUCCAGCUCAUUCUUCAACGGUAUGAAGGGAAGAGUUGAAAGCUUUCUAUCAGGCAAGACCGUCUCAACAACGUCAACAUUCAAUACUACGGCCAGGUCAGAGACAUUGCAAGAUGAAAUUAACUCUAUGGAUGAAGAGGAAGAAGAGACUUGUGCAAUGCUCUGGAUCAAGAUUAGCCAUCUUAAGAACGGACUGGAGAACUGGAAAACCCAGCUGCGCAAGAUGGUUGAGCAUACAAAGGAACUCGAGGACAUGGACUUUGGCAUAAGAUAUGACGUGCAGAUUUCUCCCUGGUUCCAGAAACGAGAUGCCUUGAAGGAUUGUGGGAAGCGACUUAGGGAAAGAUUGCAAGACUUGAUGGACGAAUAUGACGAUUUUAUAAGAGAAUGCGACCACAUCAUGGCCGGAAUGUCGCUUGCAACGCAGCUGGAUCUCAACCACAUCGGCCGCAAAGAUGCAAAGCUCAACGAAAACAUAUCCAAGAGCAGCCUGGCAGUGGCGGAAACCGCCCAGAGAGAUGGCAGCCUUAUGAAGUCCAUUGCCGUUCUGGGCAUGAUCUACUUGCCAGCAACAUUUGUUUGUACCUUCUUUUCCAUGGGGUUCUUCCAAUGGAGAGGACAGAGUGAGAGUACGACAACGGUAUCGCCGGAUCUUUGGAUCUUUGGGCUUGCUGCGGUUGCUUUCACUUUGAUUACUGUGGGGGUGUUUCUGGUUUGCACGAUGAGGAGGAGGGAUUCGGUGAUGUCCAAGCUGCAUCUUGUUUGA